GUCUCCUCCCCGAUCGAGGCGGUCAAUGAGCGUGCGGGGCGGCAGGCGGAUCUCCUGCUCGAUCCAGUCGAGUGAGGUCUGCGGAGAGUGAUGGUUGACGGGCUGGACGCGCGGAACUUCCGAGGCGGCCGGAUCCAGGCGAGCGGAGGCGGGACUAACAAGGCAUCGGGGUUCUCCCGGGCGGCACCACGGUUGCUCCGGCGUGCUCCUGAAAGAAAAGGAGGGAGGACGAGAGAGAGGGAGAGAGAAAACCGGGAGGAAGGAGAGAAACGAGGGGGAGGCACGGCAGGAGGCUGUGCUGUUGGUUUCUCCGAUGAAGAGGAGAUAGGGCGCGGACGUUCGCGGGAGUGGGCGGCGUUUGGCAAAGGAGGCGCUGGUCGGGGAGCGCAUGGUGCGGGACUCCCAGGGCGAGAUGGACGAGGACAAGGAUGGUCUGGUGCGCUGCUGGUGCGGGGAGGGCAGGGGAGAGGGACGACUGCUCUGUAUGUUGUGCGCCGUUGGUGUGCUCCUGUUAGUUGCAUAUUAUACUGCUGCUUUCUUGUUGUUUGUUGAUUGAUGCUGAUACUGCUACUACUUUGAUGCGGCUGCUGCUAAUCUCAUGUGGAGGACACGCAGGGGCGGACGGCGAGUGAGGGGAGGAUUUAUCUGGGACCUGAAUUUGACAGGUAAAAGCUGGUUUGUUUGCUGCUGGCUGGCUUAGUGUGAUGCUAUAUUGCGUUAUGGAGAGGUACAAAGGUUACAUACAGGACCAUGCAUGAACGUUUCAUCUAUUGGAUUUUUGGGUAAAAUAUUGAUUCCUCGACCCCCUUCCUAUGAUUCAUGAUUGGCAAUUAAUCCUGGGCUAUGGAACUACAAUGUCUACUCGGUAAGUUCCCUUACCACUGUAUCUUUUUUAUGCCAACAAGAAUUCUUUUCACAAGCAAAGCCAGCAUUCGAGUGUGUGCAGAGAUGUCUCAAAAGGAUAAUAGCUCAGUCCUGAGCUAUACAUUUGAUGGAGUGGUCUAAAUGUUUUGGACUUAUAAAAUUACAAUGUAGAAUUGGCUUUCAUCUUGCUAAUUCAAAUUUACUUACUUUUUAAACUCUAUAAUAACUCUAAACAACAUAUGUUGAACAAUGUUUUCCAAGAAACUGGUCUUAUAGAGUUGGAAUGUUACACUUCACUGUAAUUGCUUUACCGAAUCUGCAGACUAAGAAAAUUUCUAUUUCUUGUGUCAGGCAAGUGGGUGAGCUCUCACAUCCCUCUCCGUCUCCUUUGAUUGGUUGCAGAUUUCUUCGAAGAACAUGAGCUUUGGAGUUGUGAGGUGACACUUUGGUAAAUCUUGAUACCAUUCUGUCUGUCAACUCUUUCUGGGCGAGUUCCGAAAGAAAUGGAUAUUUUCUUUAAUUGGAAUAGGCAUUCAUAUCUGACAAAGGUACCCGCACAAAGUUAUCUAAUACAAACUGCAUAGAGUGUCUCUGCUUUGGGUGUUUGCAGGACAAGCAAUUAUAAUAAGUGUUUCUGCCGUGGAUGUUUGCUGGGUGAGCGAUUAUAGCCAGUGUCUCUGCCGUGGUUUGGUUGAUGGGCGAGCGGCAAUGCCAGAGGGAGAAGCGACGACCAUAUUGUGGUCAUGACUACCUUGCAAUAAAGCGAUAUUAUUCGUGUAGCAAUGCACAAGAAGAAAGAAACUAUUCGUGCAUCAGGGAUGGAUGACUGCAUAGACCUCUGUUCUUCAUCAGAAGAGGAAGGACGAGGAGUUCCUGCAGGGAGAGUCGAGUCAGAGUCUGAUUCAGAUUCAGAAUUUGAUGCAAAUGCUGAAGGAGGAGUCGAGUCAGAGUCUGAUUCAGAAUUUGAUGAAAAUGCUGAAGGAGUUGAUUCAGAGCCUGAUUCAGAAUCUGAAAAAAAUGGUAAAGGACAUGGAGUAAAUGAUAAUGGACAUGGAAAAGGAGGAGUUCCUGGAGGGGUAGCUGAGCCAGAGUUUGAUUCAGAAAUCGGAGAGCAUGACAAAGGACUUGAAAAGAACACGUGCAUCGGUUCAAGGUGCAGCGUGAAGAAAAUGUACAACUUAAUCCAUGGAUUAGAUGAAGAGAAGAAAGGUUAUGUGAGGGAGAUUGGUUUUGGGGGCCUGCUUCUCCUGCCAAAGCUCAUGAGGACAAACCGGCACUUCCUCAUGUGGCUGCUAAGCAAAGUUGAUGAGGAAGCAAGCUCUAUCAUCACAGGUUACCGCAGGGACAUACCUUUCCAUGAUAAAGAUGUGGAAACUGUGCUGGGAAUUCCAUGUGGCGGCGCACCGGUGCAGAGUGAACAACACGGUGUUCCUGAGAAUGUGAUAGCAGCGAUCCGAAAGACUCUCGGAAUAUCCGAAUCGGAGCGCGACAUAGGUCCCGUGGUUGCAAUUGUGAAGAAGAAGGUCAGUGGCCAAAAGAUGACAAAAGCAGAAAUAUCAAAAUUCAAGAUUGCUUUUGUUAUAUGCGCGGCAACGUACCUGUUUGCCCCAACAAUGAAAAAUGACUACUUUGUGACAGAUUACUGGGGCGCGCUUACAAACCCUGACAUAAUUCAUUUGCACAAUUGGUCCGGUUACGUGAGGUCGGAGACUUUAAGAGCAGCAAAGAGGGUUAAAGCUGAUUUGCUUGGAGGUAGCAAGAAGUCUAACCUAUCUGGAUGUCUGCCGUUCAUUCAGACGUUCUAUUUGGAUAACUUGGAGGUGACCGGUGGAAAUAUCCCACACGACGAAUUCCCCAGGAUACAGUUUUACACGAUGGAGGUGAUCAACGCGAUAGUUGAAGACGACACGAGGUCACGCAAGGGAGCAGAACUUGUCACAUAUGGCCGAUUGCUGCCACGUCACGAAGCACUGGUGUGCUAUCAGAGGAACCCCGCGAACAGGAACAAUGUUGCUGGCGCAUCAAAUGUGUUUAACAGAAGCCAAUCUAGAUGCGCCGAGACCGGGUCUAUGACCAUAGAUGAGAUUGAAUCGCUAGUUAUGGAUAAGGUUUCAUCCUUCGCAACGGCUUGUGAAUAUGUUUUGACAAGUUUUUCAAGGAAGAAGGAAGAGGAGAACCAGAGGCACCAAGCUGCCUUGGCAGACCUCGAGAACCAGUCGCAGCAACAGGUCAAGAAUGAGUCCAGGAAAGUGAGAGAUCAACUGAAAAUACUGUUUGCUGGAAUUAGGCAUCAGGAUGGAGUAAGCUGGAAUAUGAAGGGAAAACGCCCUUUAUAUGAAGAUCCAGCUCCAACUGAGGAUGCUGAUGUUGGUUGCCCUAACUCCGAUAUGCCUCAAGAUAGCCAUUCAUCACCAGCUGCAGAGAUACCUGGCCAUGGAUCUGAACUGGCGCGUCUUGGUAUCAAGAGGGUAAUUAAAAGAAGAAAAGAGUGAUAUUUUAUCGUCGCUUGUCCACUUCACAUAUAUAUUGUGGCCGGAAUAAUUCUCUCUUUUCUGUAUUGUGAAACCUGGUGCAUACAUAAGCAGAUAACCCGAGCGGAGGCAAAAAAAAAGUGAUGAUGGCUGCUUUUGUUAUGUCUGAGCACCUGCGUGUGCGGUGAUCUAGGGGUAAAAGGGUGUGGUUUCCCCCCUUUCCCACUCUAAGUUGGAGGGCAUGUGGCCUUUGAGAACUUUCAGUUUCUCUAUGAUAGGGAGUUUAAAACUUUGUUCUUCACCCCUCCUGGUAGCGGUGCAUGCGGCAUGUUGGCUACCCUUUGCUGGGUGAUAACAUGGGGUGUUUCGUUU